CCAUUCCAAAAUAAGCUAAUAGGUUUUGGGAUAGGGAGUAUGUUUCUUUAUACCUACUCGAUGGAUGAGUAAGGAGAGUACCCCCGUACCCGCCUUUUCCUCCCGCCUCCUCUCCUCUUCCUCUUCCUCUUCCUCUCUCUCGUUGAUUUCUUUUCCCUUUGCCAGCUUUCGCUUUUCUUUCCUCCUCCUCCUUUCGGCCUCUCCUCUCCUUCCUCUUUUGCUUCUUCUUCUUCUCUCUCUCUACAACUCAAGCUAAUAGGUGUAGUACUAGCAAAGGCCAGCAUCCAUAUCGAGGCUAUCUAGGGUUGGUGCUAGCUACCUAGCUAGGUUGGACCCUUCUCUUCAUCCUCCCUUGCAUAUCAAGCCUCGAUAGAUAUAGCCAUCAGCCCCCCUCUCGAUCGCCCUUGCCUUUUGAGAUCGAUCACCAGGUUACUGUAGAAGUACAGAUCGGAGCGAGCGAUCGAUCGAGGAAGAAGAAGAGGUAGAGGUUGUAGAUGGCUGUGUCGGCUGGCGGCGGCGGCGGCGCGGCGGGGCAGUUCGGCGACACGACGCUGACGAAGGUGUUCGUGGGGGGACUCGCGUGGGAGACGCAGAAGGAGGGGAUGCGGGGAUACUUCGAGCAGUUCGGCGAUAUCCUCGAGGCCGUCGUCAUCACCGACAAGAACACCGGCAGAUCCAAGGGCUACGGAUUUGUUACAUUCCGCGAGCCGGAGGCUGCUAUGAAAGCUUGCUUUGAUCCGUACCCGGUGAUCGAUGGGAGGAGGGCCAACUGCAAUCUUGCAUAUCUUGGGGUCCAGAGAUCCAAGGCAGCUGCAGCGUCUCUGCAACCUUAUGCUGGGCAUAUGAGGGCAAUGAAGUCCAUUAUCCAGACAGGCGGUGGUGGUGCCAGCUUGAGCAUGGCAGAUCAUGGCAUCCAGCAGGGGAUCCCGACCUACAAUGUGUAUGGGUACUCACCUUAUUUCUCGGAUUACGGCUAUCCGCUGAGCUACUAUCAAGCGUACGGUGGGCUUGGAGCCCAGUACCAGAUGUUCGCUGGUGGCGCCGCCGCCGGGGCGGCGGGGCUAACAAUGGCGAAUCCUACCGGCGGCGGUCUCUACUCGCCGUACUUCCAGUACGGCCCAGCGGUGGCGGCGAACGCGGCUGCUGCCGGGUACGCCGGCAUGCAGUACCCUCAGAUGUACCAGUACGCGGCGGCGGCGGCGGCUGUCGGAGCCCCGACGGCGGCGACGACGGCCAGCCAGCUGACCGCCGUGGCCGGGCUCCAGCAGUACGCUGGCACUGUGGCUCUUGCUCCUAACUCUACCGGCCAAGCAGCAGGCAUGACAAUGUCUCUGACAGCUCCAACUCUGCCGGCACCAUCACCACAGUAUCAGUACAGGCUCAUUUCUUCUCAUGUCGCUGCAGCUCCAGAGAAACCAUUGGCCUAGAAAACCACGGCUGCCUUAAGUCUGCAUCCAUCUAAAUACAGUAUCUUCUUCCUCCACACACAUGUGUCAGUCAUAUCUCAUAUGCAUAUCAUCUGUCCUAGCUCUCAUGAGUAUACUUACUCAGCUCACAUAUUUACUAAUUACACUCACGCGGUCACGCCAAAUGUACCCACUUAUGGGUUGAGUGGUGUAUUUGGCAUGCUAACAAAGGACUGUGGUAAGUCCAAUUUUGCAUUGUGUAGUCUGGUCUAGCAAUUAAGGUCUUCUUAAUUCUCCUUUAAGGUGAACGUUGCAUUAAUUUUUUACAAGAAAUUCUCUCAUCCAAUGUGUCGUCAGUCUAGUACACGAGUAAAUUAACCAUCCUGCAUGUAUAGGUCACAGGUUAGCAUCUUCAGUUAAUCAGUGUGUUCAUGUUAACUUAGCUUCUAGGAAAAGUUUUGUUGUGCCUUGUACCUCUUAAGGAAGAGAGUGCAGGGGAAAUAAUAUGUGGUAGAGUCGCUGCUGAUUUUUCAUAUGCAGCUUUAGUUCAAGAUGUCUCCACAGAAGCUUGUGGGGGCUACUGAAAGAGUUCAAUUAAUUGUGUAUUAAUUUGUAGUACGUAGUCACAUAUUUCAUUUUCACCUAUACAUCUUCAUUUCUUUUUUUCUUGUACACUAACUAGGUCAGGGUCCCUUUCGAUCCAUUCUCUAUUCGAUCUGGUCCUUCAUUUCUGGUUUUCUUCCAUCUCACUCGUUAUGUAUCACCAUCCACCCUUUCACCCAUAAUUAAGGCAGCAAUGCAUUAUAUAUAUGCAUAAUUAAGGUCAAGCAGGCCCAAGAAAUCAGAUGAAAAAUUGAUGGAAGCCAUUACCAGACAUAUUAUUACUCUGGAGUUCUCCAAAUCUCCAAUUAGUAUAACGACUUGUAUGGAUUAUUAUAUGUAGCUUCCUUUUGAGAAGCUAAAUGUACCACGUACGCUUAUCUUUCAGUACAUUUACAUGAACUCUGCUAAAUGGCAAACUUCUACAUAUGCAGAUCGCUGCAUACCUAUAUCCUGCAUGUUUAGCUUUUCAUGCACUCAAGCUUGUCUGCCUCAA